AUGUCUCCUACUAUUUUGGCCGUACCGGGUGCGUGGCAUACCGUGGAGUCAUUCGAGCCCAUAAAAAAGAUCUUUACACAAAAGGGAUACCUAUUCGUCAGUCAAAACGCACCGGGGUUACAUGAUGCAAACGGCACUUGUCAAGAUGACGCUGAAUCAUUAAGGAGGGAACUCUUGCUCCCGCUUGUGGAGGAUGGCAAGGAUAUCGUCGUAUUGAUGCAUUCUUAUGGCGGGAUGUAUGGCUCACAGGCUGUUAGGGGCUUAAGCCACAAAGAGCGGGAACAAGUGGGCAAGAACGGUGGUGUAAUUGCCCUGAUCUACGUCUCGGCUGUGACGCCCGUUGAAGGAAAAACAACGUUGGACAUGAUGGGAACAGAUUCAAAGAAUCUUCCUCCAUGGGUUGAUUAUAAUGAGACAACGGGCUGGGUCAAGUUCACAGGAGCUAAAGAUACCAUGUACCACGACAUUUCAGACGCUGAAGCAGAGUAUUACAUUUCAUUGCUGAGAGAUCAAGCGUUGAAUAGUAUGAACACGCCCAUCACUUACUCUCCGCUGACAGACGAGAAUUACAAGGGAAAGGCAGGCUAUGUUAUUUGCGGGGCUGAUCGCGUGGUGCCCCCUGCGGGACAGGAGAUGUAUGCGGCUGUAGGGGGGAUCGACAGGAAAGUGACAGUUGAGAAGGCGAGCCAUGCGUUCUUUGCUACUGCGGCUGAGGAAACUGUCGAUGCGGUUCUCCAGCUGGUCGCCAGCUGA